AUGGCACCGAAGUUUUGUCUGCAUUUUACCCUGCAGCAUGAACAUCGAUCUAGGCGUCAAAGCGCCUCGCAUGCAGAGAGGCAACCUGAGCAGAAGGUGGUCAGUAUGCGUUCGAUAGAAGUUUCCGCUUCGGAAUCCUCCAACACCACCAUCGUCACCGAACCCACUGUACAUUGGACAGAGUACGUGACGAAGGUGUGCAAACCGACCUCUGAGACGGCGCUGCAUACAACAUGUCUUCAGACGACCUGCGAGGAGACUAAUCAUAUCCCACCCUCUAACGAGGUCGCUAAUCCCCUCAUUGUGAUGCGUGUUGGAAGAGUGGAGACUGCCGCUUGGCCCACCACAUCACGAUCAUGGGCUGGUAGCGGUUACAGCCCUCAGCAAUGCACCUCCGUGGUGUCAGUCUUCUCCAACCUCAAUGUUUCAACUCCGAAACACGUCAACUGGGAGAACAAGAGCACUAGUCCUUUCACAAUUCUCCACACUUUUAGUGAGGAGUUCGAAAAAAAAGUGGAGAAACGGCCUUCCGUCGGAGAUAGCUCUUACUUGUACCACAAUGACUCUGAUCCCACUCGUCCCUCUGCUGGGAUUUAUCUGGAAUCUGACACCUAUUUGCAGCAGUCGGAUGACAGUAUGCUCGUUGAGAGUGAAUGUUUCUAUGAACCCAUUAACAAGAAGCUUCCUUGCCGAGAAUCUCAGAAUGAAUGUCCAUCUCGAUCUUCUCAAUCGACUCCUGUCUGCAUCGCUAGAUGUCAAUCCUUCGUUGCCAGCCGCAGCAGUAAAAACAGUAUUAAUGAAUGCGAUAGUGGCAAGGUGAACAGUAAACUUACCUUAACUCAAAUUCGGUCAGACCUCCAGGACGACGGGAGCUCCUUGAAGGACGAAGAAAGUAAACUAAACCUUUCACCAGAUGAGAAGACUCUGGUAACCAAAACAGUUGCGCAACUUCCUCUCUCUCCAACUCCUGGACAUCAGUGGGACAGAGAUGGAGCUGAAGGGCAGGGAGAGAAAGUUCAGAAAAAAUCACCUGUAGGCAGAAGAAAGCAUUCAGCCAUCAAGACUGCACCCGCAUUCGAAAGAAGCUCCAUGAAGUUGGCUGUUAGGACUCCACCUUCUGUGGUGUUUAGAAGGAACCGGGACAUUGCUAAUGGUGUUCAGAGUCCUCUGUCUCCCCAUCCUGUUGAAAUUAAAAAAAGAAUUUCCAGUCUUGAUGAGCUACCCACCGCACUUCAUAUCAAUAUCAAGGAGGGUGGCAAGUUCAUUCAACCAGUGAACAGAACUGGAAGUUACUUGCAGCACAGGAAAUGGAGUCUAGGUGGUCGACUGUAUCCUCCGCGUGACGUUGAUAGCUCUGGCGAUUUUGGAGAGCCAAUACAACUGACAGUUGUUCCUCUAGUGAAGAAUAGCGUAAAUAUGCUUCCAGAAGACAUCUACAAAAUCCGCACGAAUUCCACCCCAGUAAAGAGAGGGUCUAACACUCAAGAUUUGCAGGAAAAAUGUAAAACUUUAGAUUCAUUUACUGACACCGUUACCCCGGCAACACAGCCGAUAUCAAAUGCGCCCCCAGGUGAUAUUAGGGAGAAAAAGUGUACUUUGUCAACUUCCGUGGGUAAACCCGUCGCUAAAGUGCAGCCAUCUACAGUCCCCCAAGGUGGGAGGAACUUUGUUGAGAGUAACAAAAUUAAGGCUAUCCCAUCAGUGAAAUCUCAUGCCAUUUACUUCAACUCCAACGUCAAUGGGACGAAGAAAGUGCAGCUGCAAGAACAAGUGGACACUAAGGAGAUAAGUGGAGAAACAUCCACCUCCGUAAAGGUAAAUGGCCUGGCCAAGCCAACAGAGGAAAUUUCAACAAUGGAAAAGACAUCGAACUCCAAAAAUCACAAAAUUUCUUUUAAAGUGACGAAGGAUUUCGAGACCUCUUCUUCAAACAGCACGCAGAGUUUAGCCACCUCAGUUUCUGAUGGGCCUGAAAAGGGCCUAAUUCAGAUAGUAUCACCCACGAUUCAGGACUCACAGGCAUACGCGGUCGAAACACAGAGAAAGCCUUCUCAGAUUUCGUCUGAAAGCACCCUCCAAGUUGCAUUUCAGAAUGAAGGAUCUUCUGUCCUAUGUUACCCCAAAAUCAAUGUCUCUCGUCUACCACAGACAAAGGUAAAACAGCAGGAAAGUCUUAACAAAGCUCCACUUUCAAGAGAUCCCCCUGCAGCUUCCAUUCUGUCAUCGAGACCAUCGGACCUGCAGCCAUCUGACCAGGUAGGGAAGCGUAACCAGACGACACCCACAUCGUCCACGGGUCAACACUUCUUCCCUAAGACGCAUCAGGUCCCCCAGUUGUCCACUGGAACGAUCACUGCCAACCAUGGAAGAGGAGUUAGGGAGGAUGUGGACGAUCUGCAAGAGGACACAUUGAAGUCCAGUCGAACCUCAACUCUAACACCGUCUUCUGCCUCGCCAAUAAGGCCCACAAAGCUUACCCGAGGCGUUCAUGUCACCAAACGACCUCAGACUGCCCGAAUGUUGCGAACUGAUGAAAGUGAGAAGGACUUUUUCUUGAUACCUGCCGACACUCACAAGAAUGCCAAACCCGAGGACCACUUCACUAUUUUUGAAGACAUUGGCAAUGUCAUCCUCGUGCAUUGCAGAGGCAAGUUCGGGAAAGUGAUGAGGUGCGAGAACAAGCAGACACACAAGAUCAUGGCGAUGAAAGAGAUCAAGACAGACCGCCUUCCUCGACACGUUUCAGGCGACAUCAUGGAGGUGGCAGUGCUGCGGGCCAUCGGUCGUCAUGACAAUAUUGCCUGCUUCUUCAGCGCUUACGAAGUGCAACACGCCUGCUUCAUCAUCACCGAAUAUGUCUGCGGUGGAGCUCUGUACGAUCGUGUGGUGGCCGAGGACAAUUUGGACGAGAAGAUCAGUGCGUCAAUAAUUCGUCAGAUGCUCCUCGGCCUGGAGCACAUCCAGGCCUGUUCGGUGCUGCACCUUGACCUGAAGCCGGAGAAUGUUAUGAUGGUGGCACCCUCAGGCUACCAGCUGAAGAUCAUCGACUUUGGUCUGGCAUACUUCUAUGAUCCAAAACGACCCCGACGCCAAAUGGGUGGCACCUACAUUUACUCUGCGCCCGAAACAAUCAACUAUGAUUAUCAGAGCUUUGCCACAGACAUCUGGAGUGUAGGUGUCAUUGCCUACGAGCUGCUCUCUGGAAUCACACCGUUCGAAUGCCCCCAAUCUGGCGAUCUGGAGCGGGAAUUGACCCUGCCAGAGAUAACAACAAAUAUCCUAAACUGCCGCUAUAACUUUGACGAUGACGGCAUUUGUGAUGCCUCCGAUAAGGCUAAGGACUUCAUUCGCACCAUACUUAAGAAGAAUCCCAAAGAUCGUCCUAGUGUCGAGGCCUGCCUCAAGCAUCCUUGGAUGGAGAUGUCGGACGAGCUACCAACAGUCCGACGUGCUGUCUCCAUUCGUCGAAGAGCUUCUGUAGGUCCCCUUCAAACAGAUUUACAAUCUGAAAUAACCGAUACGAAGGAGUUAAUAUCGAAACAGGAUUGA